GCGCUAUGUUGGCUGGUCGCUUUCGCUGCCGGUCUCAGUGAAAUCAUACAAUUAAUCAAAUACAGUGAUCGGAACCAACUUUCCAUGUUUACGAGUGAUUGUUAUUGGAUUAUCUAGUUCACUUCACCGAUCAGCUGAUUUCAUCAGAUAUCGAACGAGUGUGUACGAACUAGUAGCGCUCUCUGUCGGUGCUCGGCGGAGUGAAUCGUGCGGGACGCGCGGGGCAGGGACUUCCUCCCCCUACUUCAGUUUGGCUGCGAGUCUGAGAAGGCAGGACGUGUUGCUGCGCGCCGCGGAAAAGGAUCGUUCGCGCGGCAACUUUGAACAUUGACAGUGCUCUGAAAGUGUGUGACGGAUAAUGUGUACCGGAUUGCAGUGCGCAAAAAUUUGGAUGCAGUGCUAAAAUUGGAUCACAGUAACUGGAUUGCAGUGUUUUUUUGGAUUUGGAUUUUUCAAAACACCUUCCAAACUGGGGAUGCACAAGAUGGAGCUCGGCGACAGUGUGUACGCCGCUGAACGCAUCAUGAAGAAGAGAAUUAGAAAGAACAAAGUGGAGUACUACGUGAAAUGGAAAGGGUGGAAGCCGAAGCACAACACCUGGGAACCGGAGGAGAACAUCCUCGACCCCCGGCUCAUACAAAGUUUCGAACGCGGGGAGGACUUGAGGCGUCAAGGACGCAAGCGGGAGCGGGAUCACUCCCCGGUCGAGCGCGCGCGGAGCGGCUCCGAGGAGCGCCACCCGCCGCCCGGCAAGCGCAAGGCCGAGGUGCUGUCCCGGGAGUCGGGCAAGAUCGGCGUCACCAUAACCAUGAGUCCUCCGGCGAAGAGGCACGAUAGCAGCAAGUUGAACGGCUCGCGGACGCCGCACGUAGUCCUUCCUCCACCGCCGGCCGCGCCGCCCGGCGGGGCCGCCGCGCCCGCCUCCCCCGCCGCGGAAGCCGCCGCGCCUCGGACCGGUCCUAGACGAGCCCCUCACUCGCCGGAGGAGGCCGACGCUCAUAUUCCCCCAGAAAGAGAAAGACGCACCGACUCCCAGCCGACUGCGACAGCGCCCGCGGAGCCGAAAGGCGCCCGACCACCACCCCCGACGAGUCAACCCGAAGACGAAGAUUCCUGGGGCGAAGCGCCGCUCGCGGUGCCUCCCCCGCCGCCGCAGCCCGCUCGCCGAGGAGCCUCGUACUGGCUGGCGCGCUCGCCCGUCGCCGACCAGAUCUUCAUCACCGACGUGACCGUGAACCUCCAGACCGUCACCAUCAGAGAGUGCCGCACGGAGAAGGGUUUCUUCAGAUCUCGAGAGCCCCGACCAAACGACGUGACGUAAACCCCGUUGAUACACACUUUGGACGUUGUUGUACAGAUGUAGAUAGCUAGGUAUUUAUUUAGUUCACUUUGGUGAUGUCAUGAUGUGUUAAGACCUAGAAGUGAAACCUGAAUUCCUCAUUCAUAAUAUAGGCCUAAAUGAUGAGUAGGUAGUGAACUGAUGUCGGUGCGAUAGACGCUAAUUGAAGAUACUUAUUACCUGUCAAGAGAAUCGCCAUGUUUUGGUAAUACAAAGAUGUCUUUUGUCAAUUGUUAUAAAAUAAGAAGUCCUAUAUUAUUUGUUGAAAUUGUAGAUAAUAAAAUAGCCAGUAUUUGCGACUGGUGAGUGAACGCUAUUUGAAGUGUGCAUGGCCGACCAUAGGCAUGGGUGGCCUGUGUUUAUUGAAACAAACUUAUUGUUGAUAGAAGAAGUUACAUUAUUAGGUACAGGGUCAGUUUUUUAUCCGCAGUUAACUCAACUGAUAGUCUUUUGUAACCAAUGGUUAAUUGUAAACUUCAGUAACAUUUAUAAAGAAAACAACUAUUAAAUUGCAUAAAAAAUUCAAUUUGCUGAUCAUUUAACCACUAGUCAUAAAACAUUGGUAGAUUUGACUAUGGAUCAAAAAACCGAUCCUAAAAGGACAUAAUAAAAUAUUAUUUAAGUGAGUAAAUAAUUAAUUUAACGUAUGGAAUGUACCUAAUAACUAAAUACACAAUUAUUUUUC